AGAGGAGAGAGAGAGAGAGGGGUUAAAACUCUAUUUUCUAGGAGUGUGGGUAAGCUCAACUGCCAUUAGAGAAUCCGAGGAUGCUGAAGAAGCACGCACUGCGAGGUGUCAAGAGAUUUCUUUCAUGGCCGUUGGCGCCGAGGAGUUUCACGAGCCAGCCGUCGGAGAGAGCCGACUGCGUAGUGAUCGGUGCUGGCGUCGUCGGAGUCGCGACGGCGAGAGAGCUGGCCGCGAGAGGCAGAGAGGUUCUGGUUCUAGAAUCGGCUUCCACUUUCGGCACCGGGACCACUUCUCGCAACAGCGAAGUCAUUCAUGCCGGAAUCUACUACCCUCGCAAUUCUCUCAAGGCUAUAUUUUGUGCAAGAGGAAGAGACUUAUUAUAUAAUUAUUGCUCUGAACAUAAUGUUCCUCAUGAACAAAUUGGUAAGCUCAUAGUUGCAACAAGCUCUUCAGAGAUUCCAAAGCUGAAUGAUAUAAUGAGACGUGGAAUCCAAAAUGGGGUUCUCGGGUUGCAGAUGAUGGAGGGCUCUGAAGCCAUGAAUAUGGAACCUGAGUUGCAAUGUUCGAAAGCAAUACUAUCACCUCUUACUGGGAUUAUUGAUACACACUCAUUAAUGCUAUCUUUAGUGGGGGAGGCUGAAAUUAAUGGAGCAACUUUCUCAUAUAAUACUACUGUUAUUGGUGGCCAUCUCAAUGAAACUCGAAUUUGCCUUCACAUUGCUGAAACAAAAUCUCUUGACAACGGUUCAAGGUCUUUAUUUCAUCCAGAAGUGGUACUCAUUCCUAAUCUGGUUGUAAACUCAACAGGCUUGAGUGCCCCUGUCCUUGCUAAGAAGUUUGAUGGCAUACAUAAUGCAGUAAUUCCACCGGCUUAUUAUGCUCGUGGUUGCUAUUUCACAUUGAAUAAAACGAAGAGCCCUCCUUUUAAACAUUUGAUAUACCCUAUACCAGUAGAGGGUGGCUUUGGGGUGCACGUUACCCUUGAUUUGGAUGGUCAGCUGAAGUUUGGUCCAGACGUUGAAUGGAUUGAUGGUUUGGAUGAAAUUUCAAGCUUUCUAAACAAGUUUGACUACUCUGUAGAUGCCACUCGUGCUGAGCUAUUUUACCAGGAUAUUAGAAAGUACUACCCAAAUUUGAAGGAUGAUUCUCUUCAGCCCGGAUAUGCAGGAAUUCGACCAAAACUUUCAGGUCCUGGACAGCCACCCGUCGAUUUUGUAGUACAGGGGGCGGAUACCCAUGGUGUAGCUAAUCUUGUUAACCUCUUCGGAAUCGAGUCACCGGGUUUAACGUCAAGUUUAGCUAUUGCAGAACACAUUGCAACCAGAUUCUUAUGAUGGAGAACCAAUCUUUAAUGUGUAUUGAAGAUUUCUGAUGUAGGACAUUGAAAUACUACCCUCUGUUUCAACAUAUGAAGAUCAGUGAGCGCAUUAGUUGUAUGAACAAGUAAAUUUGUACAUUUUCAUUCCAACUCGGAUGUCAGACUUAUAAUGAGAAGAAUAUCUAUGUUAUAAAUAUGUUAUUUUAUUUUUGUAAAAACGUUCUUAAAAAUCAUUUUAAUAUUAUAAUAUGCACUUUCAUAUUGUUAUUA